GCACACUGUGUGCUGCCACAGCUUGGGAGGAGCUUCGGGAUUUCCCCCCCUCAAUGUCUCUCAACAGUCUCGAGUGAAGACGCGCAUGCAAGAGGAGAAAUAGUGGGGAAAAGGAGCCAGCACGGCCUCGAUCCGGCAUCAAAAUGAGUCCCCAAGACUCAUCCAACAACACAGAGGACGAAGGGGAGGCUGGUGAGAGCGACGCCUUGAUUCUGUUUAACGACAGCAUGGGUUUGCACACACCUGGUUUCCAAACUGACAUCACCAAGCACCCUGGGGUUCAGAUCCCGUUGAUCAUGGCGUACUCCCUCAUCAUUCUGCUGGGGCUGCUGGGCAACGCUCUCGUCAUCUACAUGAUCAUUCGCUACAGGACCAUGCGAACUGUGACCAACUUCUUCAUCGCCAACCUGGCCCUGGCCGACCUGUUAGUGGACACUCUGUGCUUGCCCUUCACUCUGGUCUACACUCUGUUAGACGACUGGAAGUUUGGGGCCGUGCUGUGCCACAUGGUGCCCUUUGCCCAGGCCCUGAGCGUGCACGUGUCCAUCCUUACGAUGACCGUCAUCGCCCUGGAGCGUUACCGCUGUAUCGUUUUCCACCUCGGCCGACGCCUCACCUGGCACUCCAGCUUCCUCAUCAUGGGGAUCACCUGGACUACGUCAGCCGUCCUGGCGGCGCCCUUGGCCAUCUUCAGGGAGUACCGCAGAGAAGAGAUACCUUCCAUCAACCUGCACAUCACCGUCUGCUCGGAGAAGUGGCCCCACGAGACCAGCAAGGGCGGAGUCAUCUACAGCCUCUCAAUGCUGCUCCUGCAGUUCAUUAUUCCUUUAGCCAUCAUUAGCUACGCAUACAUCUGCAUCUGGGUCAAGCUGAAGAAUCACAUCAGCCCAUCCACCCGCAAAGACAGCAUCAACCGCCGCAAAAAGACCACCAAGAUGUUGGCGCUUGUAGUGGUGGUGUUUGCUUUCUGCUGGUUGCCGUUCCACGUGUUCCAGCUGGCCAGCGAUCUGGACCUGGCACUGCGGUUUAAGGAGUACAAAUUGAUAUACACGGUGUUCCAUAUCGUGGCGAUGUGUUCGACUUUUACCAACCCUCUCCUGUACGGGUGGAUGAAUAAAAACUACCGGAACGGCUUCCUCAUGGUCUUCCGCUGUGAGGAUAAGCCAGAUUCUUUCCACCCCGAGGCCUCAUUACGGACCCGCUCCAUACGAGGCCAGACUCUGAACGGUCGUAACGGCGGGCACCCUCCCACCGCUGUAUGAGAUUAACGUAACUUUUUUUUUUUAAAAGCCUGAUGGAUAAGAUUGAACACUCUGAACACACCUCUGCUUUGUGGCGCAUGUGGUUCAGAAGUAGCUUUUUGACUUGAAUUAAUCUAUGUUUGUCACUGGAGAGGGCUCAAAGCUUUGUAUCUAAAUGGCGUUAUGUAAGGCUCUUGUUGACUUUGUGAAUGGUACUUGUGAAAAUACAUUUGUUGAACCUGUUCAAAUAUAUGUGGAAGAUGUUUGCUAAGGUGUUAAGUAACUUGGUGCAAUGUAUAAUGUGUUCUGUCCGUUUCUCGUGUCCAAUUUAUUAUGCUCAGCUGCUUUGCCUUAACUGAGGCUAUUGAUGUGUUCACACUCACUGAAGGGAAGAUGUCCACUGUGAGAACAAGUUUCAUUUUUCACACUUCCCUUUUUUUUUUGUCGGCUGCUCAAAACAUUUAUAUGACUGUUUUUCUAAUUAAUGAAUCCAACUGCUGCAUUUUGGAUUAACCGCUGUGUAAUAUUUAAUCCUCAUCCAAGUUACCAGUCGCUGCCACUGCAGAUUUUUCUCGCCAAUCAGGAAGUUAAUUGUGUUUACAUCCAGCUGCUCCUGAUCAGACGGACCAGCGGGGGUCUGGGUCCAGAUGAAUGGGAUUGGAAGCCGCUGAACCGAGAGCAACAAGUUCUUGAUGUAUUUAAUAGUGAGUGAGGCGGCUGCUUUGAGGGUAUGUAAAAAAAAAAGAGAGGGGACUUGGAAGAAGAAGUGAAGUGAAAACCGUUUUUUUUUUUUUUAUUUCACUGAUAAAGUGUCCUUUGUUGGUGGUCUGUGAAUGAGGAAAACCUGACCAUUCAUUUGACGUUCAGGUGAAGCUCUGUUCCGUGCCUCUAUGUGAAAUAAACAGACAUUGGCUUCAAAUGAAGUCAGAUUGUG